AUGGCAUUGUUAAAUACAAGCGGAUCUAAUCCACAGGGCAGGCAGGUGCGGUGCGGGAGCAGCUCAGAUGGGGGAGGGGAGGAGCAACCGGGGUUAAACUGUAAGAGCAAGGUGAGAAGCGCAGGAAUGAGCCGAGGGAACGUCAAGACAAGCGGCGAGCUCGGCCUCAGACUAGGGGAAUUGUGGGCUGUGGAGUGCGGGCCCCGGGACUACGGCAGCGGACAGCAAUUGAUGAGUCCCAAUGAAUCGGAUGCUGCUUCUUGGCCGUGA